AUGUUAGUACAGCAGUUGACCUGUCUUUUCUCAUCGUUGGCCUUAGUUCUGGUCAUUCUCUACAUCGGACCCGCACUGGAAUAUCUCCCGAAAUGCAUUUUAUCGGCUAUGAUUAUUGUGUCACAAAGGGCUAUGUUUGCAAAAUUCGCUGAACUACGAGAACUUUGGCCCGUGUUCAAAGUCGAUUUCACUAUAUGGGUGAUGAGCAUGGUAUUGACAGUCUGCUUCGAUAUGGGAGAGGGACUACUUCUUGCCACAGGGUUCGCUGUCUUAACAACGAUAAUACGGAUGCAGAGGCCAAAAUGGCACUUUCUUUCCCGCGAUUCUGAAUCUGACAUUUUCAAAGAGACGAAGAAAAAACAUCUAGAGUUUGUGGGAGGAAAUGUAUGCGUAUUUCGCAUGGACGCACCGCUCAUUUUCACGAGUAUCGAUCGAUUCACAACGGCAGUGUGGCAGUCGGUGAAGACUUUCGAACGUUCCAAAGCAGAUUCCUUCGUGACAAUCGAUCAGAUGAACUCCGCCAAUACGGACGACAUUUUUGAAAAGGUUGUAGCUGAUCUCAUCGCUGCCAACGUUCAGACGUACUUGGUAGUACAGAAAGGUAAUUACUAG